CUCGGGCCUUCGUCUUCGUCCUCUCUGUGCUCUCGCGCUCGGUGACCUCGGAGCUGCGACGCAACCUCCUUCCGCCGCCGCCGCCGUGCUUGCCCCCAGCUGGAGUGAGCGAGCUGACAUCUUGGCAUCUUCGCAUUAAGGUUUUGCUAAUUUGCAGACAGAUAAUCACUUAUUAUUGCUUGGAGAGAAAUGGUUGCUGCGAAUUGUUUCAAUUUUCGUCGGGGAUGAGGACAAAAUUCAGUGUCGGAAACCCAAACCUCCGCUCGGCGUACACCUUCCUCCGGUCCAAGACAACCUCCGCCCAAUAUGUGGCCUCGAGGGCCCGGGACCCCACCUUCGAGAAGCUCAUGGACAAGUACAAGAACUACUCCAAGGUCGUGGCGGUCCAAGACCUGGUCUUGGCCUCCGUCAGCCCUUCCUCGUCGGUUUCCUUGGAGUUCCUCGACCGCCUCUCCCAGCGGCUCCACUUGAACCGCGGUGCCGCCUCCUUCCUCCGCAAGUACCCCCAUAUAUUCCACAUUUUCUACGACCCCGCCAAGUCCCGGCCUUUCUGCAGAUUGACCGAUGCCGCCUUCGAGAUUGUCCGUCAAGAGUCCGAGGCGAUCCGUGGAUCCUUGCCCCUCGUCAUCAACCGAUUGAUUCGGCUUCUUUGCAUGUCGGCUUCCAAGUCCCUGCCGCUCCGUGCUAUCUUCAAGGUCUGGAGGGAGCUUGGCCUCCCCGAUGACUUCGAGGAUUCGGUAAUAUUGCCAAACUCUCACAUUUUCCAGCUCUCCGAUGCCCACGAACCGAACACCCACAUCCUGAAGCUGGUCGACUCUUCUGAAGUACUGGAGGCCAAUCAUUUUGAGACAGCGGUGGAGAAAUGGAGGGCUGCGAAAUGUUGUAGGGAGGACUCUGAUAUUGAUAGAACCGAGAUCCAGUUCAGUUUCAAGCACGGGUUUCCGCCGGGAAUGAGGCUGAGCAAGGACUUCAAGGCCAAGGUGAAGAGAUGGCAGAGGUUGCCAUAUGUGGGGCCCUACGAGGAGAUGGGAGAGAAGAGAAGAUCUAAGGCUGGAAACAUGGAACUGGAGAAACGGGCAGUCGCGGUCGCCCAUGAGUUCCUCAGUCUGACUGUGGAGAAGAUGGUUGAGGUGGAGAAGAUUAGCCAUUUCAGGAAUUGGUUCGGGAUUGAUUUGAACAUAAGGGACCUGUUCUUGGAUCACCCGGGGAUCUUUUAUCUAUCGACUAAAGGGAAAACGCACACCGUGUUUCUCCGAGAAGCCUAUGAGAGAGGAUGCCUGAUUGAACCAAACCCGGUUUAUCAGGCGAGGAGGAAGCUUCUUGAUCUGGUUGUUUUGGGACGGCAUGCUAUGCGUAGUAGUGACCCGAACUUGAGAGACUCAAUUGAACCCAAGGAUGUAGUAUUUGAUGGGGAUGAAAAUGAGUCUUGAACGCUGAAAAUGCGUCUUCUGGAACCAAAUCCGUCAUGUUGGAGAUGACCUAUUGGUUUCCUCUUGCCGCUACUCAUUGAUGGAUUAUGACUGAAUAGGAAUUUUGCUGCGACAGAUGGAACGACUGGCAACGGAAGAAAUGAACCUCUUCCGUUAUCUUUCCAAAGUUCAUCAUCGAUCUUUUAACUAAUCUCAGAGGUUGAAUCCAAUUGACGGUUCGUUAGAGUGGCUAAGCUUUUACUGAAAGAUCUUCAAUGGCAAAGAAAGCAGAAGCCAGUCCCUUGUCCUCUUCCUGCUCUAAAUGCUACCUCCAAUUCGAUGAACUCCCAUGAGGUUUGAGCUCGUCAUUCAACUUCUUCUGGUGUUGCAUCGCUCUUAAAGAUUUAUGGGGGCUCUUUGGUUGAUUACACGGAUAAAGCAGAUUUUCCCAUGUCCGAUGUUCUCCUGAAUCAACUUCGGAGAUGAGAUGAUAACCAUGUAGUGUAUUAGCAUUACCUGUUUAAUAUCCACUCCAGUAACUUAUGGCACACGCAUAGGAAGCAAUGCUAGUUCACCUCAAUCUAUCAGAUCAGCUGUACAUUUCUUUUGCUCUUGCAGUUCAUGAUACGAUCAUGUGAUGUUUGAUUAAUCAGAGUUUCGGUUGAAUCUAUUUACUGUUAUAUUA